AUGCGCAAACAACAUCAUCUCAGCAUCGUCAUCCCAGUGCCGGGCAACCUCCCUCCCGGUGCCGUGAUAGCAACCAUUCAAACAUACACCCCCCUCAUCAGGCAUCACACCACUCUGAUCAGCUUUGACGAGGUCUCAACAGGCCCGGACGCCAUCGCUGAUGACCCUUUCUUCGGCCCUUGGGAUGAAUCCGUCCGAGCCUUCCGCCUCCGUGAGCUCAUCACGCUCGCGCCGGGCCUCAACAGGGAGAUCACCUACCAGACCAUCUUCCAGGAUGUGCCCGAGGGUGUCCGGUCUCGGGCCACUGCCCCGGCCGGCAUAGUCGUCCGAGCGGAGUUUGCGGUCCGACAGCGCCGUGCGGCGACGAUGCCGAUAUCUCCAGCCGGGUCCGAUAGCACCGCCUCGGGUAGCACGGCCACGGUUGAAGGAGACGAGUAUGAGCUGCGCGAGGACAUUGUCGUCGAGGCCAAUUCACUCUUGAUGCCUUUCAUCACCGAAGCGCUCGCAACUGUACACCGCGAGAUAUGUGAGAAAGUCAUGGCCGAGAUUGUCAAGAACUACUUCGGUACCGGAGAUGCAAUGGUCUUUUAAACGACUAUCAUCUCAGUCAUCAAAUGGAAGGGGCAGGAUACCAAGGAAUGGGGUGGAUGGAAUCUUGGAUACCACAUGGCGUUGGGCAAAAUCAUCUUGGGUUUAGAGUGGUCGUUUCGUUUCGUUUCGUUUCGUUUCAUUACUUUCCU